AUGCCGCCGGGCAUGAUGCCGCCCGGUGGUCUCCCACCUGGAAUGCCACGAGGACAAGGACAGGGGAAUAUGUUUGGAAUCCUCGAUCCACGUAUGGGCCAACGCGGUGAUCUCACCUUCCAGCAAUUAAACCAAAUCUGCACCUCCAUCCGAACGGCGUCCAGAGCCUUCGGAAUCGAGGACAUCAAGGGCUUCGCCAAAAUGAACUGCGGCUUCAUCUCGGCAUUCUACAAAGACGCGACCUGCGAGCAAAUCCAGCAUGUGAUGCAGUACUGCGAAAGUUACUUCAAGGACCCCGAACACCGCGGU